GGGGGCGGGCUCGGGGCGGGUUCAGGACAUCCAGCUGGCCUGAGUGGGAGAUCUUGUCGCCUCAGCCUCUAUUCCAGUGCUCGGCAGGCGUCCCGCAGACAGGACCCGCCCCCGUGAACAUCGAGUCCAGGUGGCCCCGCGCCCGCGCCUGCCCCUUCUGGCCCGGUCCCACUCCGGUCGGCCGGCUUCGAGAUCGGACUCGCGCUCGGUUGAAAAACCCCGCCCGCUCCUGCCCAGCUCCAGCCCGAGAAGCGGCGGGGCCCCGGAGCGUUUGACAGCCAGACCCGCUAACGGCUGCAGCCGUGGUGGCCCACUUCCCGGGAGCAGAUCGGGGGUACAUCGCGGCCAUGAGGAGCAGAAGCAACUCCGGAGUCCGCCUGGACGGCUAUGCUCGGCUGGUGCAGCAGACCAUCUUGUGUUACCAGAAUCCUGUCACUGGGCUGCUGUCAGCCAGUCAUGAGCAGAAAGAUGCCUGGGUGCGGGAUAACAUCUACAGCAUCCUGGCCGUCUGGGGCCUAGGUAUGGCCUACCGUAAGAAUGCCGACCGUGAUGAGGACAAGGCCAAGGCUUAUGAGCUGGAGCAGAACGUGGUGAAACUGAUGCGGGGCCUGCUUCAAUGCAUGAUGAGACAGGUGAACAAAGUGGAGAAAUUCAAGCACACCCAGAGUACCAAGGACAGCCUGCAUGCCAAGUACAACACUGCCACCUGUAGCACUGUGGUGGGUGAUGACCAGUGGGGACACCUCCAGGUGGACGCCACCUCCCUCUUCCUCCUGUUCCUAGCCCAGAUGACUGCCUCUGGCUUAAGAAUUAUAUUCACCUUGGAUGAGGUAGCCUUCAUACAGAAUCUUGUCUUUUACAUAGAGGCUGCAUAUAAAGUCGCUGAUUAUGGAAUGUGGGAACGUGGUGAUAAGACAAAUCAGGGCAUUCCUGAAUUGAAUGCAAGCUCCGUAGGAAUGGCCAAGGCAGCACUUGAAGCCAUUGAUGAGCUGGAUCUUUUUGGAGUCCAUGGAGGACGCAAGUCAGUGAUUCAUGUUCUGCCCGAUGAGGUCCAGCACUGCCAGUCUAUCCUGUUCUCCAUGCUCCCAAGAGCAUCAACAUCUAAAGAGAUCGAUGCUGGACUUCUAUCCAUCAUUUCUUUCCCGGCUUUUGCAGUGGAAGAUGUGAAUAUUGUGAAUGUGACCAAAAAUGAAAUUAUCUCCAAGCUCCAGGGUCGUUAUGGAUGUUGCCGCUUCCUUCGAGACGGAUAUAAAACUCCGAGAGAGGACCCAAACCGAUUGCAUUAUGAUCCUGCUGAACUCAAGCUGUUUGAGAAUAUUGAAUGUGAAUGGCCUGUGUUCUGGACAUACUUCAUAAUUGACGGGGUUUUCAACAACGACACCGUUCAGGUCCAAGAAUACCGAGAGGCCCUGGAGGGAAUAUUAAUCAGAAGCACGAAUGGAAUCAACCUGGUGCCAGAACUCUAUGCCAUCCCGCCUCACAAGGUAGACGAAGAGUAUAAGAAUCCUCACACAGUGGACAGAGUUCCUCUGGGGAAGCUGCCCCAUCUGUGGGGUCAGUCCCUGUACAUCCUUGGCUCACUGCUGGCAGAGGGAUUCCUCGCCACUGGUGAAAUUGACCCCUUAAAUAGGAGAUUUUCCACUUCCGUCAAACCUGAUGUCGUAGUGCAAGUUACUGUUCUGGCAGAAAACAGCCACAUUAAACAGCUGUUAAGGAAACACGGGAUAAAUGUCCAGAGUAUUGCUGACAUCCAUCCAAUCCGAGUGCAGCCAGGCCGCAUCCUUAGUCAUCUGUAUGCCAAACUUGGACGAAAUAAAAACAUGAAGUUGAGUGGGCGACCAUAUCGGCACAUUGGUGUCCUUGGAACAUCUAAACUGUAUGUGAUUCGAAACCAGAUAUUUACUUUCACACCCCAGUUCACCGACCAGCAUCACUUCUACCUGGCCCUGGACAACGAGAUGAUGGUGGAGAUGCUGAGGAUAGAGCUGGCCCACCUCUGCACCUGCUGGAGGAUGACGGGGAGACCUACACUCACCUUCCCCAUUACCCACACCAUGCUCACAAAUGAUGGCACAGACAUUCACUCCGCAGUCCUGUCUACAAUUAGAAAACUCGAGGAUGGAUAUUUUGGAGGAGCUAGAGUAAAAUUAGGAAACCUUUCGGAAUUUCUCACCACGUCUUUCUACACGUACCUGACCUUCCUGGACCCAGAUUGUGAUGAGAAAUUGUUCGAGGAUGUUAGUGAACGGAGCUUAAGUCCCGACAGCGAGUCAGAUUUGGGUGCCUAUUUGGAAGACAUAUAUAAUCAGGGUAAUCAAGAAAGCCAGGAUGAACUGGACCAGUAUAUCAACCACCUCCUGCAGAGCACAUCCUUGAAGUGCUACCUGCCGUCUCUACGGAAGAAGACGGAAGACACCCAUGUCUUCAGCACCAUUCACUGCACCCGGGAUAUACUCUCCAUGAUGGCAAAAGCAAAAGUUGUUCCCAUGACUCUGCCAGUCAGUAUGCUCAGUGCCCACCGUAAAUCACUGAAUCUUGUUGAUUCUACUCAGCAUCUUCUGAACAAGCCUCCAGAAGAUGACAUCCAGUGGCCCACAGAUGACCAUGGUGACUUGGACUGUGAAAAGCUGGUUGAGCAGUUGAAAGACUGUUCUAACCUACAGGACCAAGCAGACAUUCUCUACAUUCUGUAUGUAUUAAAGGGGCCCAGCUGGGACACAAAUCUCUCCGGCCAGCACGGGGUCACUGUUCACAGCCUCCUCAGCGAACUCUACGGGAAAGCAGGCUUGAACCAGGAGUGGGGUUUGAUCCGCUACAUCUCGGGUCUGCUCAGGAAGAAAGUGGAGGUUCUGGCUGAGGCCUGCACAGACCUGCUGUCACACCAGAAGCAGCUCACAGUGGGCCUGCCACCUGAGCCCCGGGAGAAGACGAUCUCUGCGCCCCUCCCGCCUGAAGAGCUCACCAAACUCAUCUAUGAAGCCAGUGGAGAGGACAUCAGCAUAGCUGUCCUCACACAGGAGAUUGUGGUUUACCUGGCAAUGUAUGUCAGGUCUCAGCCCGGCCUCUUUGUGGAGAUGCUCCGACUCCGGAUCGGGCUGAUCAUUCAGGUGAUGGCCACAGAGCUGGCGCAGAGCCUCAACUGUUCAGGAGAAGAAGCUUCUGAAAGUCUCAUGAACCUCAGCCCUUUCGAUAUGAAAAGUCUCCUGCACCAUAUUCUAAGUGGGAAAGAGUUUGGUGUUGAAAGAAGCAUGCGACCUAUCCAUUCCUCUACAUCCAGCCCUGCCAUAUCCAUUCAUGAGGUGGGCCAUACUGGUGUCACCAAAACCGAGAGGAGUGGCAUCAGCAGACUGAGGAGUGAGAUGCAACAGAUGACGAGGCGGUUCAGUGCUGAUGAGCAGCUCUUUUCUGUGAGCCAGACCACAUCCACCGGCAUGUGCUCCAAGUCUGUGAGGCCCAGCACUCCAUCCUCACCCACAGGCACUUCGUCCUCAGACUCGGGCAGCCAACACCUUGGCUGGGGGGAGCGGCAGGGCCAGUGGCUCCGCAGGAGACGGCUAGAUGGGGCCAUCAACAGGGUCCCUGUGGGCUUCUACCAGAAGGUGUGGGAGAUCCUUCAAAAGUGCCACGGCUUGUCCAUCGAUGGCUACGUGCUGCCCUCCUCCACCACACGAGAGAUGACCCCACAGGAAAUCAAGUUCGCUGUCCACGUUGAGUCGGUGCUGAAUCGUGUGCCACAACCCGAGUACCGACAGCUGCUGGUGGAGGCCAUUAUGGUGCUUACUCUGCUCUCAGACACAGAGAUGAACAGCAUCGGGGGCAUCAUCCAUGUGGACCAGAUCGUGCAGAUGGCCAACCAGCUAUUCCUGCAGGACCAGAUAUCAUCUGGAGCCAUGAACACCCUGGAGAAGGACCAGGCCACAGGCAUCUGCCACUUCUUUUAUGAUAGUGCCCCGAGUGGGGCAUAUGGGACAAUGACCUACCUGACCAAGGCAGUGGCUUCUUAUCUGCAGGAACUGCUGCCCAACUCAGGCUGCCAGAUGCAAUAGAGCCCCCUGCUCCUUUGACCCCUGAGACUCCCUGUGCAGUUACAAAAGCAUGUUCCACCACAAGUAGGGAGGAGACGGUGAUGACUGGCCUGAAACCUAUGUCUGUCCAAGCUACAGUGAGUGCUCUGCAGCCUUGGGCUCAUGGUCUCACAUCCUUUUGUUGUCACAGCAUCUGGUCUCUUGGAGCCUGAGGAGUAACAGGAAAAUAGUCUCUCAAGUGCAGAAUGGAUCAAGACACCAGUUUACAUGGAUGUUGUCAGGGUAGUGCCAAAAUAGACUCCAUGAGCUAGUACCAUCUCUUAAGAGCAGCAGCCGCCGCGCCAGUAGACCUUAACAAGGGGAACCAUGCUCAUUACCAAUAUAGCUCUCCUGUUGAAUUAGG